UACCUACUUGAACCGACCCACUUCGAUUUAUCUCUGCGUGGAAAUAGCCGAGGGAAACCCGCGUUUGGACGACAUAGAUCAGCCUUUUGCAGGAGAAAAAAUGUCGAAUCGAAAUUACAACUGGUUGUAAAUGCAGCUUCAAAUUUACUCGGAAUGAGGGAAGCUGUAACAUGACUACUGGCUACAUUGUAGAUACUUUCAUUAGUCUAGUGAAUGGAAUAUCAGAAACUAUAACAGCUGUUAAAGAAUUCCUAAAAAUCAUUCUUGAAGUCAACAACAACGUCAUGGCCAUCCUCAUUCAAAGCACCGCAAACUUCUUGUCUGGCAUUUGGGCAGUGCUAAAAUUCAUAUAUCUUGUGAUCUAUACUUUAACCGUUUGUGUAGGAGACUUUGUAAUGGAACUUGUAAAUUUUAUGUCUGCAUUUCUUUACCUUCUUUGGAAAGUUGUGCUUUUGUUCUACAGUUUGCUCGACUUAGCAUUCCAUUUUGUAGAAUGUUUGUGCUACUUCAUAUGGACUGGUGGCAAAUGGACAGCAGAAACAAUUAAAGUGUCCGGACAGAAUCUGACAGAAAACGGUCUUAGUACCUGGAAGUAUUUUGUGCUAUCACUACAAGAAUUUACUUCAUCCAUAAUCGGUGGUUUUGCUAUGAUAGGUGCCUGUGUUCAAACUUCUGCCAUUCAUAUUUUCCAAGGCUUUUGCCUGUCAUACAACUACGUAUGUGAACUGAUGUAUGAUAUAGAUGGUAAAGUUAAAGAUAUGGUAAGAUUAUGCACUGACAAUAUUUACUUUUUUGUAAAGGACUAUUUGCUCAACAUGCCAAGGGAAGCAUAUUUAGGGAUGUUGGUAACAAUAUUGUGUGGCAUUAUCUGUACAAAUAUUUACCGAAUACUUUCAUCUGAAGGACUGACAUUUCCAAUGCAAGGAUGGUUUCAGACCAGCAUUAUCAGUGAUUAUGAUGAUGAUGAUGAUGAUGAUGUUGAGUAUUAUGAUGCCAAUGCACGAGCAGAGUUUUCUGACGAUGAAGAUAUUUGGGAUAUAACUGUACGUGAUGUAGAUGAUGAGUUUAAUGAUGAGUAUAAUAUGACCACUGAUGUCAGUGAUAGUUCAGAUAGCAGUGAUGGGGAAUUCUCAGAUGAGGAGUUAGAGAUUGAUUCUGAUUCAGAUAUCGACAGUAUUGCAGCUAGUGAGAGCGAGAUGAGUGAAAUUAACAUCCAGCUUCCAGAUGUGAGCAAUCGUAAAAACAUGCAACGAUCAGCCACACCAGCUAGGUUUAACAAGGAAAUGUCACCUGAAGACCUUAAAAGAUGUAUUGCUUUGGAAAAGGAAAAACGUAUUUGUGUAGUUUGUCAGGACCAGAAUAAAUCAGUGCUAAUUCUACCUUGUCGACAUAUGUGCCUGUGUGUAGAUUGUGGGGACCAAAUAGCUAGGUCAAGGUCAAGGUCAAGGAGAGUAUGUCCUCUGUGUCGGACAAAAAUCAACACUAUCAUGAAUGUUUACAUGUGAAGGUGGAGAUGUGAAAAAGUUACCAGUGAUCUUUGUGAUGUUCCUUAUUUACUUACUGUUGAAAUGUAGGAAAUUUCAUAUGGCGACCUUUAAAAAUACAUUGAUUCCAAGAUGGAAUAACAUUUGUGUGUGCUCUUUCAGGACCAGAGUAAAUCGGUGCUAAUUCUUCCUUGUAGACACAUGUGCCUGUGCGUUGAGUGUUGGAACCAAAUAGCUUGGUAAAGGUCACGGGCAAGGGACCUUUAUGUUAGACAAAAAUCUACUCUAUCAUCUUUCAUAUAUUGUUAAAAUGUUUUAUAAAAUAAAAGCACAUGUACUGUUCACACACAACUGUAUGGUACUCAUCAGUUGUUUGAAGCAACACAGUCGAAACUAUCAGAAUCUCUUGAAGCAGUUUUGACAGUGUUUUAUUGGGCAUUUAUUGUAUCAUUACAGAGCCAUAAUUACAACUUCUGCAGCCAAUUGUAUAAGCUUUUUAAAAGUUAUAUUUUGAUAAGUUGAUACAUUAAAACAAAUUGAUUGGUUAGUUAUCUUAUUUUAGCGUUUAGAUUGGUUAGUUGACUCAUUAAAACAUUUUGAUUGGUUACUUAUCUCAUUGAAACAAUUUGAUUGGUUAGUUAUCUCAUUAAAAUGAUUUGAUUGGUAAGUUUACCCAUUAAACCGAUUUGAUUGGUAAGUUGACUUAUUUAAACGAUUUGCUUGGUUAGUAGUUAUUACUUGGUAAAUAUAUUCACCAAUCGAUACAAUUGGCUACUGAGGAUGUUUUAUCAAGCAGUUCAUUCACAUUUCACGUGAAAUCUUUUGCAUUGUCUUCCCUUUAAAAUCUUGAGAGAGUCCUUUUUAUUAAAGAUGUUUGAUAUAAUAUAUAUGGAUAUUUUGCUAUAGUGAUGUUCUAACAGCAUUGUAGCUGUAUGGUGUAUGGUGUAUGUUGUGAAUGUUUAACAUUUAUCUUAAAAGCUAAAUUUUUGUAUUGCCAGUAUGUUUAAGUAUAAAUUAUUAUGUAGCUUGCCAUAGCCUGUUUGUGUAUUAUUGUUUAGUAUUAUUUUUGAUUGGGAAAAUGACAUUUUGACUAAAAUUAGGAAAUCCAAAGAUGUCAAGGAAUGAACAAGAAUGGUUAUUAAAAAUAGGCAGAAAAGAUAAAUGUGUAACAAAGUUUAUUUUUAUAAGAAUACACCAAGUCUUCCUUUAUGAAACAGUUUGAGGGUCGAAAACUUUUAUAAAAUAAAAAAGAAUAAAAAAGAAAAUGGGAUUAUUUUAACAUUUGGGAGAAAAGUUGUUUUUUAUAGCAUUUUAAAUGGGGUUGAAUUUGGUGCUAAAUUCUUCAGAAAAAACAACAUUUUUAGUGUUUUUAUUUUAAAGCAUAUAACUAAUGAUUAUGGAAGAGGGAAAAGGCAGCUAUAAUGUCUCCUUUAAUGCAUGUUAAUAAAGGUGUCAAUAUGUUGGGCAGAUUUUGUUCACCUUGUUUUCAUAUUUGCAUGCUGUAGUGCACAAUGUAUGGACUACAUUCUGUACAACUGUAUAUUGUGACUUUGUGUAAGUAUUUCAUUGAAGUGCACAAAUUGAAAUUAAGUGAAAUAUUGAUAUGAUAGAUAUGCUCUACUCUCACUAGAUGUUAAUAAACCACUUGAUAUUUUUCAUGUUUGAUCAAAUUGCUGUUUCAUUACCCACAAUAAUAACACCCCUACCAAUCUCAUUUAUUUUGUACAUGAUAUAUCGUAAAGAUAAAUCAGAGCUUACCAAAUAAAGAUGAAAGGAAGGAUUUUGAUUCAUUAGAUGGUUUUAUAUGAAGACUAGUUGUAGUACAUUCACAAAAUGAAGUAAGGCUUAACAUCGUUUUUUGUUAGUUUUGAAAAUGUUUCCAAAACUACACAUAUUUUUACCACCUAUUUUUUAAGACAUAACUCUGUUUUAAUCUGACCAUUAAUUUUUUCUGUAUCUUUCGGUAUAUCUUUUUUUGGUAGUUUUGGUAUUGGGGGAGGGGGUAUU